UAAACACAUAACUGGCAACCCAAUUCAGUCAGAGCGCAUGCAGUAUUGUGCAGGAGCUGCAGACUUCCCGCAGGGAUCCCAGGAUUACAGACUGCUGUUUACAUGGCUGACAGAAAGGAGUAACUUGGUGAACGGUGCUGCAAACACUCUGUGAUCAUACAGCAAGUGUCUCAGGGCACUAAUUACGAAAUAAUGGAGCAAGAAUUUGAAGACAUCGAUUCGUCCGGGAGAUGGCAAAACCUUUACAAUGAGAUCCGUAACCAAGCCAGUGAAUAUCCUUACAAAGUGGCAAAACUUCCAGUGAAUCGGAAUUUGAACCGCUACAGAGAUGUCAGCCCAUACGAUCACAGUCGAGUAAAACUUGAAAACUCGGAAAAUGACUACAUCAAUGCAAGUUUAGUCAUGAUGGAAGAAGCCCAAAGAGCUUACAUUCUUUCUCAGGGGCCGUUGAGGAAUACCUGUGGUCAUUUCUGGCUGAUGGUUUGGGAGCAGUGUUCCAAAGCUGUUAUAAUGCUCAACAGAGUCAUUGAAAAGGGAUCUGAAAAGUGUGCACAGUACUGGCCCACCACAGAGGAGCUACAGAUGUCGUUCACGGACACCGGGUUUAUUGUCAGGCUACUGUCUGAGGAGGACCAAUCCUAUUACACAAUCCGAGUGCUAGAACUGCAAAACACAAAGACAGGGGAGUUGAGGGAGAUCUACCACUUUCACUACACCACAUGGCCUGACUUUGGUGUCCCGGAAUCUCCCGCCUCCUUCCUCAACUUCCUCCUCAAGGUUCGGGAGUCUGGUUCACUGAGUUCAGAGCAUGGGCCCUCAGUGGUGCAUUGCAGUGCUGGGAUUGGACGCUCAGGGACCUUCGCCUUGGUGGACACCUGCCUGGUCCUGAUGGACAAGUGGAGGAAUCCAUCAUCAGUGGACAUACAAAAGGUGCUACUGGAUAUGAGGGAAUAUCGUAUGGGUCUGAUCCAGACCCCCGACCAGCUCCGCUUCUCCUACAUGGCUGUCAUUGAGGGAGCCAAGCUCAUCCUGACAGACAACUCAGCUGCACAGCAAAACAAGCAGAGAGUGCUGCCCAGAUCUGCCCCCUCCUUGGAGCCAGAUCUGCCCCCUCCACCACCUCCACCCAGACCUCACCUCAACGACAGCAGGCCCAACGGGCAGCCAGCACCCUGUCUGGAGCUGCAGGCCGGCUCAGGAGACCACCUGCUGGCAACAGAGCCAGACAGCCACGACCAGAACGUGGAAGAGCAUUCUGGGCAUGUCAGAAAGCGACACCGCGAAGAGAGGAUUGCCAGCACCGCUCAGAAGGUCCAGCAGAUGAAACAGAGACUGACCGACUCGGAGAGGAAACGAGAGAAGUGGCUGUACUGGAGGCCCGUCCUGCUCAACGUCGGUGCCGGGGCAGCUUUGGCUGUUGGCCUGCUGGUUUGCUGGUUGUACUCCCAGUGAAACCCUCUGGGUCACUUAAAACUGACUCUUACUUUGCACCAGUACCUGGGGUUAGGUACUUCUCUAAGCAGAUUUAGAUGAUAAGAUGUGCAUAACUGAGGGUAUUUAUUUCUUUAAGGUCAAAAUGCAGGAGCGCUAGAUCAAAUGAGUGUGUGUAUAUUUUUCAUGUAAGAUCUUAACAAACAUAGUAACAUCUCAGGAUCUUGGUGCCAGCACGAUGAUUUAAUUUCUUUACUUUUUGUCACAGUUGAUGAAUGUACUGUAUCAUAGAUAAUUGCUUUGAAAGAAACUUACUAAAGGUGCAGUACAAAGAAAAAAAAUAUUCUGACAGGUUUAUUUUUGCAUUCUUUACUUGUAAUGGUCAGAUGUGUGUUGAUCAUCUGUGGACAUGUUUUACAUUUUGCAUUUCAAAAUGACUUGUGUUGACUGUCCAUCCUACCAUAGAUACGUAGGAAGAUUCCACACCCUAGAGGUCAGCUAUGGAGUUUUUUCCCUCAUUUUUCUGUAAUGAAUUUUGCAUUUCAUACAUGCAUUUAGAGGUUUAGCAGAGCGCUACUUGUUCUUCCAUACACAUUUAGCAGGGCCUCCCAGUAUGUUUCAAACUCUGCUAGAAUAUUAACCUUUAAUUUUCUGUUAAAUAAGCACAUUUUUUCCAUUAGUUUUGGUUGUCACAUCGAUCAUACUGGCUGUUGGGUCCCUCACAGCUUAAUGCGUGUAUUCACCCACUGGAUGGGUUCAUAUGUGUUCAGGUUAUCCCACUUUAGGAAACCAAAGCAAAGCUGUCCAUUUUUAUUAAGAUACCAGCCAGGCAAGCUGUUAAAUUGUACUCCCUUUUUGUGGAAUGUAUUUUCUGUUGGAUCUUUGACAUAACUGACACUUGCAUUGUUAGAAAUGAUACCAGUCAAAGCACCUCUGUGUUGCAUGUGAGUUUUUAAUUUGAACCCAUAGUAUCACCAAAUUGAUUUUUAAUUGACUGGGACCAAUCUAAAGCUAUAAUAGUGCAAUUUAGAAGUUGGAGCAGAGCACCAUGAAUUGAAGAAGAGAGUCUUAGGAAAGAGUGAUAGCAAACAUGUCUGUACCCGUUUGUUAGCUGGUUUGAGAUAGCUCUUAAUGUGCCUUGAAGUGAGUUAAAUGGAAAAACGUGUGCUCUGAGGUUUCCUAGCAUGAUCAGUACACAAAAGGGUUUAUGUGAGCAGUUGUUUCCCACAUAACAAAAAUAACAUUACAUCGACUGCUUUGUAGUAACCGGAGGUGUGAUACAAUAAAUGGUAUCAGAGUUGAUUGCACACCAAAUGUGACAUUAGCAUGAACUGACUCCUGAGAUGAAAUGAUGUGCUGGUGAUUGGCAGGUUACCACUGUUUGACAUGGCUUUUACUCAGCGUUAAUUUAACCCAGAAAAGAUAUGUCUGACCAUAACAUUCCAUUCAUUCUUGUUUUCCGCAUAAGAUUUCAGGGGAGUUUUGUACAUUGCUGAGCUGCAGUGAGAACAUGAUAGAUGGUGUUUUAAAAAAAAAAAAAAAAAAAGCAAACA